ACUACUUCGGGAAUCGGGUAGGUGCUUCUCAGAGCAAUCAGCCAUUGACGCAUGUAGCAGUUGGCAUGAACUUUGAGGGAAAAAGAUUUAGCAGCCUGAUUCCCUCGGUUUCUCCGCGCAGCCGCAAUUGGCCACACGAAGAUACGAGAAAUGAGACGCGCACUUUGAAUCAGCUUCUCUCCACAAGGAGUGCUCGGACGCACUUUGCUGGAGUGGCAUUUGGGAUGCAAGGAUAUCCGCCAAUUCCCGAUAUCAGAUGGCAGCAUCGCUGUCUCAAAACUAUUAGCUUGAUAGGUCAGUCAUAUUCAGAAUGGAGCUUAGGCUUGGAUCUUGUUCGUCGCAAUGGCGUGAUUUCUAGAAGACUGAAAGGCAUGACCGAAUCAGAGACGUUAAUCCCGGAACCCAAGUCCCAGGGGGGAAAAUCUGGAAUGUUUCUGCAUGCGCUUUGACGUAUAUCAGACUCGCAGAGAGAUAAUUGAAGUUGAUACUUUGCCAGAGGAACCCGGUGAUUGGAUCGUGACCCACACCACCCUGUCACUCGGAUAUUUGGGUCAUCAGUAUUGAACUAAGGAGCGGUUAGAUGAGUUAAGAAUUAGUUCCAGAAUUAGCUCCAUAAGGUGUUCCAUAAAGGAGGGAAUCCGCCAUGCAUUACUCCACAGCCGUCGGAGCCAUUCGGAAAUGAACCAGAGCAUCUUGAUUAGAUGUAUGAAGGGGUACCCAUGCAGCCUAAUGAAAAGAGAAG